GCUCCGAGCGUUCUAUCGAUUUUGUGCCCGGAAGGAUCAUGUUAAACUUCAUUGUUGUGAGUGGAAUCGAGAGGCAGUUAGCAGCAGCUUUGAUAUCCGGAUUCUCGUGUUUCAUCGCCGGCGCCCUGACGGGAUGGCCGGCCCCGACCCUGAAGAAACUCCGCGAGCCCGACUCGGCGAUCCGGUUGACCCCGUCGGAGGAGGCGUGGGUGGUGAACGCCCUGCACAUCACGACGAUCCUGAGCACCCUGCCACUGGGGUCGCUCAUGAACACGCUCGGCCGGAAGACGACCAUGCUCGUCCUCUGUGUCUCCCCGAUCGUUUCCUGGGUCCUCGUGUACUUCGCCCGAACAAGUUUCGUCUUCAUCGUCGCUAGGUCGAUCGGCGGCCUUUGGCUCGGUGGUUGCCAGACCUUGCUGCCCAUCUACAUCGCCGAGAUAGCUGAACCGCGGGUGCGUGGCAUCGCCGGCAGUUUCAUCAUGGUCAACGCUUUUGCAGGAAUAAUUUUCGUUUUCACAAUCGGCCCUUACGUGUCUGUGCCGCUGAUGGCGGUCAUCAACGCCGCGUGUCCUUGCGUCUUCUUUUUGCUGUUUCUGUUCUGUCCGGAAUCUCCGUACUUCUACGUCAUGCGGGGGCGCUAUGAAGCUGCGGGGAGGGCGCUGACAUGGCUCAGGGGAGGGGCGCCUAUUGAUGGGGAGUUGAACAUCAUACAAACGUCCAUCGAGAACGAGGCGAAAGAAGGUCAAGGCUUCUAUAAGCGGAUGCUUCUUUUGAUCACCAACCCCGCAAACCGAAAAGCUUUCAUCAUUGUAGAGGUCAUGACUUUUUUGCAAAGAUUUUCCGGCCUAAGCGUUUUGAACUCUUUCUCCACGGUCAUCCUACCAGAACGGACCGGCCUCCUGACCGCAGACCACUGCACACUGAUCAUGGGCAUCGUCUGGCUACUGGCCUCCAUGUGCUGCUCCGCCUUGAUCGACAAACUCGGCAGAAAACCCCUCCUUCACAUCUCGAGCAUUGGCAUAUUCGCCUCCAUGAUCCCGACCGCCGUCUGGUACUACCUGGACAGGGAGACAUCAACUGACGUCACUCGGGUCAACUGGGUUCCGUUUGCGGGGUUCCUGGUUUUCGGUUUCACCGUUUCCAUCGGGAUCGGUCCUAUUGCCGCGAUGUACCCGGGCGAGAUGUUUCCGAGUCACCUCAAAGCUCAAGCCUCGGCCCUGUCGAAUAUGGUGUCGUCUAUCUCCGCUACUCUCAGUACGGUUAUGUUCGUGACGAUAAAUGCGCACAUUGGGCUGUACGCCAAUUUUUUUGUUUUCGCUGCCGUUGGGAUCGUCAAUUUGGUUUUUACGUGUUUCUGCGUGAUUGAAACAAAAGGAAAGUCACUGCAGAUGAUACAGGAAAAAUUGAAACACGGAACUUGGAAGGAAUCGGGAAUGAAUCGAGAGACACCGGAGACUCACUGAGAAAAAACUAUGGCUUAUAAACCAAUUAGUGGUUCAUGUGGAACACCAUCAAUAGUAGUAAAGGCAACAUAAAAUGAUAGCACAUAUGCCUUAAAUGUGCGGUUUUAUACCUUAGUGUGUUUCACAGACCGAGCGGGUCAUUAGUUCAUUUACGACUAUUAGUGGUAUUCCAUAUGAACCGCUGAUUGGUUUAUAAAGCCAUAGAUUUUUGAAGAGAAAAUUUAAUUCGAUUUCUUUCUUUUUUUCUCUAACAUUUAUGUUCUCUGAAACAUGCACAAAUAACCUCCACUGUAGAAUAUUUUAA